AAUAUGAGAAAAUAUCAUAACCGACUUGAUAUUAACUUUGAGUAGAAAAUAAAAGGAACAGGGAUCAAGGACACAUUGGAUCAUACAAAAAGGAAGUAGCAGAGUAUAUAUGAUGAUGACACUAAUGACCAACACACAUGUAGUACAUAAAAAAGCCUCUUUCAUGAUCACACAACACUCCCUCACACUUCAAAAGCAAUAUGGAAGAAACAACAGCAACCAUCAUGGCUUCACUUUCAACCCUCACUCCAUCUCACCUCACACAUCUCACUAACUCAAUUCUCUCGUCAACUCGCCGCCACCACCGCCGUCUCACUUUCCUCCUCUCUUCCCCAACUCUCUUUUCACUAACCCUUCAUCACCUCCACACUCUCUCUCUCCCCCAAAAGUCUCUCCUCAUUUCCCGCCAUCUUCUUUCCUCUCUCCACCUCCUCACUCGCCACAUCCAAUCAAACUACGCCACGUCACCUAAACCGCUUCCACCUCCAAUCUCAACCUCUUUAACAGAGCGUGAACUCGACGCAGUUUUGCUCCUUCUCAUGCUCUGCGAAACACAUAAACAUAACCCCGAAGCACUUAACGCACCGUUUUGUAAUUGGAGGGUGAAUUUAAGAAAUGUUUUCUCCGUUACAUUGUUGACGGUUUCUUCUUAUUCUGCGCCGCCGCUUGGUGCUUGUUUGGGAUCUGUUUUGAUUCCGUUUGUUGAGAUGGUGAGUCGGUGUUGGAGAUUGGUGGGAGUUUUGGGUUGUGACGGUCGUGAUGAAGGGGGGAAGGGAGUUAAGGAGGUGGCAGCUUCGGCGGCGACGGUGGUGGCUUUACCGGCGGUGGAGGUGAGUGUUGGUGGGAGAGAGUGUGUGAUAUGUAAAGAUGAGAUGCGAGUGGGGAGAGACGUGUGUGAGUUGCCAUGUCAGCACUUGUUUCAUUGGGUCUGUAUUUUGCCCUGGCUUGGGAAAAGGAACACGUGUCCUUGCUGUAGGUUUCGGUUACCGUCAGAUGAUGUAUUUGGGGAGAUCCAACGGCUGUGGGAAGUCUUGGUUAAAAUAGGCGAAAAAAAUUAUAGAAUGCUGAAUUAAUUUAAUAAUAUUCACUCUAACACUACCUUUUUAAUAUUGUUUUUUAUUGGUCAAAAUUUAUGUAAAUUUCACCAUUUUUUAGAAUGAUUUCUAUAUAACCAUUCAUAUAAAGUGUUGUGAGAUACAUAAAUUUUAGUUAAUAAGAGAAUAAUGUUGGAAAAGAAUUUUAAAGUCCUUUUGUUUCAUUGAUGGAUCCCUUAACAUUAGUUAAUUUCAUUUUUAGUUUUCACCUCACAAACGAAUCAAAGAAAGGUAUAUUUUUUUUAUUUACUUGAUAGGAGGUAUUAUAGGGAAUUAGGGAUACUAUCUUUGAGGGUGAAAGGGAUCAAAGUGGGGCCCAUAGAUCACAGUCAAAGCUUGUGAUUUGUGUGAUGAAGAGAAGAUGGUGUGGCACUUGGUUGCCUUAAUUUGGCUUGCUUAUAUGUUUUGUUUGGUUUUUGAUGUUUUGGACCUCAGACAGGGAUUGUUGUGGUAGAGGAAGGCUGAGGGAAUGUUUGUGGCUGAUUCAAUGAAUGGAUGGAUAAAGUAUACAAAUGUGAGGUUCUUAUUAUAAUAAAUAAAUGUAAUAAUAUAUAAUAGUAUGGUGAAUCGACUCAGAUAUAUGAUCAAAUAGCUUUCAGUGUCACAA